AUGCCAGGGGCCGGGGCUGGGACCGGUGCGGAGGAGGGCAGUGGUGGCGGCGAGGAAGCGGCGCCGGGAGCUGGCUCGGAGGCCGGGGCGGUGGCGGGGCGGGAACCCUCUCGACUGUGCGGCUACCUGCAGAAGCUCUCGGGCAAGGGCCCGCUGCGCGGCUACCGCAGCCGCUGGUUCGUGUUUGACUCGCGCCGCUGCUACCUCUACUACUUCAAGAGCCCGCAGGACGCUCUGCCGCUCGGCCACCUGGACAUCGCUGACGCCUGCUUCAGCUACCAGGGCCGCGAUGAGGCUGCGGAGCCGGGAGCCGACCCGCCCACGCACUUCCAGGUGCACAGCGCGGGUGCAGUCACCGUGCUCAAGGCUCCUAAUCGUGAGCUCAUGACUUACUGGCUACAGGAGCUUCAGCAGAAAAGAUGGGAGUAUUGCAACAGCCUCGACAUGGUGAAAUGGGACAGCAGGACUUCCCCAACUCCAGGAGAUUUUCCUAAGGGCCUCGUAGCCAGAGAUAACCCAGAUAUAAUUUCCCAGCACCCAAAUCCUUCUGCAGAAAAAGCCAGAACUGUGCUCGCUGUGGAAGCUGCCCCUGGAGAGCUGGUGGGAGACCGAGCUGCUCGCCAGCCAGCCCCAGGGCAUCCGAAUUCCAUUAACUUUUACUCUCUGAAGCAGUGGGGUAAUGAGCUCAAAAAUUCAAUGUCAUCUUUCCGUCCUGGGAGAGGGCACAGUGAGAGUCGCCGGACUGUGUUUUACACCAAUGAAGAGUGGGAACUUUUAGACCCGCCUCCUAAGGACCUAGAGGAGUCGCUGAUACAGGAGGAAAGGAAGAAGCAGAUGCCUGAGGGAAACAAAGGAGUCACUAGUUCGGGAUUCCCCUUCGAGUUUGGACGGAACCCUUACAAAGGAAAGCGCCCCUUGAAAGACAUAAUUGGGUCAUACAAAAAUCGCCAGAGCAGCGGUGAUUCCUCGAUUGAGGGAACAUCAUCGGGUGGCGGAAGCCUCACGAAACCAGUCUCCGAGAUGCAGCUGCAGAUUGAAAGCCAGCAGGAAGAGCUGGAGCAGCUCAAGAAGGACCUGUCCAGUCAGAAGGAGCUCAUUCGGCUGCUCCAGCAGACAGUCCGGUCGUCCCAAUAUGACAAGUAUUUCACAAGCCACCAAAUCAGCCAGGGGGUCCCCAGGGACACACUGGAGCUUCUCCACCAAAAAGACGAGCAGAUCCUGGGCCUCAGCGGCCAACUGGAGAGGUUCAGCCUGGAGAAGGAGAGUCUCCAGCAGGAAGUGAGGACGCUGAAGAGCAAGGUGGGCGAGCUGAACGAGCGGCUGGGGAUGCUGAUGGAGACCAUCCAGGCCAAGGACGAGGUCAUCAUCAAGCUCAGCGAGUGUGAGGGCAGCGUGUCUUCGCCCACCAUGGGGCCCACCUCUCCUUUGGCCAGCCCAGCCAGCCGAGACCAGCUGGAGCUGGACAGGCUAAAAGAUAGUCUGCAAGGGUACAAAACCCAAAAUAAAUUUCUAAAUAAGGAAAUUUUGGAACUCUCUGCUCUACGAAGAAAUGCAGAAAGGAGAGAGAGGGAUCUGAUGGCAAAGUAUUCUAGCCUGGAAGCCAAGCUCUGCCAGGUGGAAAGUAAGUAUUUGAUACUGCUUCAAGAAAUGAAGACACCAGUUUGCUCAGAAGAACAGGGGCCUACCAGGGAUGUCAUAGCCCAGUUGCUGGAGGAUGCUCUGCAGGUUGAGAGCCAAGAACAGCCAGAGCAAGCAUUCAUUAAGCCUCAUCUGGUCAGUGAGUUCGAUAUCUACGGGUUUAGGACUGUCCCUGAUGAUGAUGAGGAAGAGAAGUUGGUCGCCAAGGUCCGAGCAUUAGACCUGAAGACUCUGUACCUCACAGAAAACCAGGAAGUUUCCACUGGGGUCAAGUGGGAAAACUAUUUUGCAAGCACAAUGAACAGGGAGAUGGUAUGCUCUCCGGAGCUGAAAAACCUGAUCCGAGCAGGCAUUCCCCAUGAGCACCGCUCCAAGGUGUGGAAGUGGUGUGUCGACCGUCAUACCAGGAAGUUCAAGGACAGCAUGGAGCCCGGCUACUUCCAGACCUUGCUCCAGAAGGCACUAGAGAAACAGAACCCUGCCUCCAAGCAGAUUGAGCUGGACCUGCUGCGGACUCUGCCCAACAACAAACAUUACUCCAGCCCCACAUCGGAGGGCAUCCAGAAGCUGCGCAGUGUCCUGCUUGCCUUCUCUUGGCGAAAUCCGGAUAUUGGCUACUGCCAAGGCCUCAACAGGUUGGUGGCGGUGGCCCUCCUUUACCUGGAACAGGAAGACGCUUUCUGGUGUCUCGUUACCAUUGUGGAAGUCUUCAUGCCUCGAGACUAUUACACAAAGACUCUGUUGGGAUCCCAGGUGGACCAGCGGGUGUUCAGAGACCUCAUGAGUGAAAAGCUGCCUCGAUUGCACACCCACUUUGAACAGUACAAAGUGGACUACACCCUCAUCACCUUCAACUGGUUUCUGGUGGUAUUCGUGGACAGUGUCGUCAGCGACGUCCUUUUUAAAAUAUGGGACUCUUUCCUUUAUGAGGGACCAAAGGUUAUUUUCCGUUUUGCCCUGGCACUUUUCAAAUACAAAGAAGAGGAGAUCCUGAAAUUGCAAGAUUCCAUGUCCAUAUUCAAGUAUCUCCGUUACUUCACUCGGACUAUCCUUGAUGCCAGGAAGCUGAUCAGCAUCUCCUUUGGGGAUCUGAACCCCUUCCCCCUGCGCCAGAUUCGGAACCGGAGAACCUACCACUUGGAGAAGGUCCGGCUGGAGCUGACAGAGCUGGAGGCCAUCCGAGAGGAUUUCCUGCGUGAGCGGGACACUAGCCCUGACAAAGGCGAGCUGGUCAGCGAUGAGGAGGAGGACACUUGAAUGAACCCCCACCCUAGGAUGCUGCUCUUCUUGCCUUCAUAACCAAAAGUAGCAAAGGGGUUAACUCCAGGCAUGUUUCUGCUCAUUCAGCUGCCAAAAUGUAACAUCUGUGGCCUCUGGCUGUCUGCUAAGCAGAUGUCCAAAACUAAGCUGUACCUUCUCACCUCCCAUUUGGGGGCAGAGGUCCGAUGGCUUUACAGCCAUUUCCAUGUCAUGGCAUUCAGUCACAUGCAUCACAGUCAUGCUUGCUACCCGAUUGGUGACUCCCCAAUUGACCGUUUCCAAGGGCCUGUUUACAGCAUCUGCCAAUCGUGUGAGUGUUUCACCCUACAAAAACUGCUGUGCUUCACAUCUCCCCAGGCUCUUUUUAUUCAAGGACAGCACUGUGGAGGAAUGCACACAGGGCUUCAGCAAGGCUGCUUCCAGGGGCAAAAGGUCAUCAUAAGAAGAGGGGUCUCUUGCCGGGGAGUUGAUGUCGAACGCCCUCAGCACUUGGGAGGCAGAGGCAGGCGGAGCUCUGUGAGUUCGAGGCCAGCCUGGUCUACAGAGUGAGUUCCAGGACAGGCUCCAAAGCUACACAGAAAAACCCUGUCUCAAAAAACCAAAAAAAAAAAAAAAAAAAAAGAGGGUCCUUUUAAAAAAAGCAAGCACAACUCUUAUUCAGAACCAUCCUUCCUAGAGAGCCUGGGAGCCCUCUGCUGGUGGCUUCACACUGCCAGCCACAGCCCCUUCCGGACUAGCCUUUGCCCUCAUACAUGGCCUUUCAGACUUUAGCACUCACCCUGUCCUGCUGCCAGCCCCCACACUUCUUAUUGCCAGCGAUUUUGCCAGUUGCUCUGUCCCGGCUUGCAGGGAGCCUGGCACACCUCCAAGAGCUGCUGUGGAAAGCUCUUGUCGUUGGGAGGUGACUUGGAGAUGCCAUUCUCCAAGUGUGGCCGGAUUGGGCUUCCAAAUGAGCCUUGCAGUAGGCCCGCCCCUGCAUGAAGAAACAUGGAAACAUGUGGCAGUGCUGUGGCUUGUGGGCUCCUGGGUGGCAGUGGCCAGGGUUCUGAUAGCUCUUGUGCCCAGAGGUUGGGUGGGGAAUGAGGCUAACUGCCAGCUUCCUAGAUCUGGAAGCACCUUUGCUUGAGGACAAGAGUGAUGAGCUCUCCCAGUCUUUAUCAUCCUUGUCCUCAUCAGGGAGCUGGGGUCACUGUGGCCUCUGGGGACUCUGGGGACUUGGAACACUUCCUUCUUAAAGCCCAAAGAGGGUCUGAACAAGGGAGGUUAUUUUUGUUCAGUCCUAAGCAUCCCUGAUGAGUGACUGUCAUGAGAAAACAUUUUCUAACAGUAUUAUCGGAACCCAAGGGAAACAGCCUUAAGCGGACUAUCUUACACUACCUGGAAAAAGAUCGGAAACAAUCCUUAGCUAGUAUAAACACACUCAGACUAAGAAUUGGAGCAAGGCAGUUGUGAGAAGUGCUUUUUCCAUGACCGGUUUUCCUGUUUUUGCUAUCCGCUUUCUAGCACUUGAAUGGCUGAGUCAGUUUUUCAGCAUCUAGACUGUGCUCAACUUCUCUAAAAGUUGCUUCAUUUAUUACCGUGUAAAAGGAGCUGGUCUCUGUAUUUAGCCAAUAACCUUUGUCUCUUUUCAGGUAUAAAAAAUGUCAGCAUUGUAUCUUUAGGAUGGUGGUUUAAGGCACGGCUUCUUCAGGAAGCUGUCUGAGCUGGACAGUGGUCUCACUACUGUUCUCAGGGCCUCCCUGAAACCAAAUGCCAGAAAAAUCCCCACCCCCUGUGAAAUGACGGCUGUCAGCCUUGGGGACAGCUGCUAAGGAGGUGCAGUAGGAUGGGGCUGGAGCCCCAUGGCUCAGUUCCAGUUGCCUUGAUUUCAGUCGCCACGUCAGUUCCCCACUGGAAGAUGCCAGUCAGUCCAAAUAUGAAUUUGGCAUAAAUGCUCUUUUAGCACUGGGCUGCUUUUGUCCUGUGUGCCCAGUAGAGGCAUCUUAAAAGUAUCUGGUAAUGCUGGGGACAUGGCUCAGUGGUAGAACGUGUGCCUGGCAUGUGAGGCUCUGGGUUCCAUCUCAGCAAUGCAAAGAAAAAAGAAAAAUCCCUAGCAUGCUGUCCUGCCAUUCCCUGAGAGGCAGCAUUAGUUUCCCAGUUAGCGUCAGUGGUCAGGUAAAGUCACAAGAGAACUCAGGAAAUGUACACCUGCGGGCUCUCCUCCCUGGAAUAAAGGAUUCCGUGUCCACGGAGCUGAGAAGGCAUAGUUGCCUUCUCUCCAGUUUGGGGGCAGAAUGAAGCAGGCUCCUCCCCAGGCAUAACUCCAGAGAUUUGAGCCAUCACCUCUGUCUUUACCCUCCAGUGCCCCUGAGGUUCCAGACUUAUACUGGCCACCAUGGCAGGCACCCCUAAUGUCAGGGGCCGCCUCAUGCAGCUGCUCUUCUUUUGAACCUUUACCCAGCAUGCAACCCGUGGCUCCUGCCUGGUGAUCCUUGUGGGCUGAGAAACCCAAAGCAUAGCCUCCAGCAUGUGGGUCCACAUGCACAUGCCAUGGUGGGGGCGGGGACGGGGGUUACCCCGCCCUCAGUGCCCCAUCUGAUGGGACUUACCAAUAUUUCAACUGUUAAUACUUUUAUAUUUUCACUACAUUUUAUAUUUUUUAUAGACUUAUUUUAUUAAGGUUUUUCUAGAUUCUGUACGACUUUUAUAUAACAAGUUCUAUUUUGUGUGCACAACUCCCUUGUAUGUAUUUAUAUCAACCUGAGCCUUCCAAAUCACAGUUCCCUCCUGUUCUGCCUUCUCCCCUUAGCCUUGGCCAUCCCUCACUUCUGCUCACCCAGAUAGCCUCUGGUGCUGCGUGUAGCCAUGCUGACAGCUGAACAGUAGCUGGUCGCUGUUUACGUCUCUGGCGUUAGCUAUGUUGUGUUGAUACAGGAAGUACUCUAGGUAGCACCCAGUCAGGUUUUGUUAUCUGGGACUGCACACGCCCCUCUCACUCUGUACAGUGCUUUCUUCCUGACCUCUUGGUCGGCCUGUUCAGGGAAGUCCUUGAAGAUAGAGGCUGGAUGCAUGCCCAGUGUGUGAGGUUCUUCCCCUGUGGGCAACUGGAAGACUUGAGGGCACACUACCAGUGACCGUCCUUAUGUAUCACAGCAGCUUUUAUGCUGAUCUUUGAGUUCAAUGUUAGACUUGUAAAGGGAGAAAUAAACUAAUUUGUAUUACA